UGUUGAUUCUGGGAGAUCUGCUAAUUGGUGAAUCAUUAAAUCUCCUCAUAGAAAACAUAGUCUUGAGCUAAGUCUUUUUCAAUCAGUGGCAGCACGAUUAUUCUUCCCAUUGGCAUUGAUGUCAGAAGUUCAGUCUUCAUUUCAACAAGCUCUUAUUGGCAACAGAAAUAUGGAAGAUACAAACAAAUUUUUAACCAAAUUUAGAGGAUGUUAUUUUGCAAAUACUCAACUUAAUCUUGAAAUUUUAGAAAAUUUAGAUGAUUUUGAAAUCAGAGAUGAUGAUGUCUUCAUAAUCACAUACCCCAAAUCUGGUACUGUCUGGUUUCAGCAGAUAUUAUGCUUGAUUUAUUUUGAAGAACAUCGCAAAGGCAUUGGGGAUCUGGAAACAGUUGAACGCAUCCCGUUUAUUGAGUACGCCCCUCAAAAAGUGGAUUUUGCUGAAAAGCCAUCUCCUCGUCUCUUCGUUACCCACAUCCCAUACUACUUGGUUCCCAGGGGGCUAAAGAAUAAAAAAGCCAAAGUUAUUUACAUAUACAGAAACCCUAAGGAUGUUAUGUGCUCAUUUUUUCACUUUUCAAAGAAACUGACAGCAUCUGCUACAGAUAACUUUGUGGAAUUCAUGAAACUAUUUCUAGAAGGAGAAGUGGUAGGAAGUCUUUGGUUUGACCACAUCAAAGGUUGGUAUGAGCACAAAAGCCUGUUCAACAUUCAGUUCUUGAUGUAUGAGGAGAUGAAGAAGGACCUCAGAGGCUCUGUGUUAAAAGUAUGCAAAUUUUUGGGGAAAGAAUUGAGUGAAGAGGACAUGGAUGCUGUUGUGAGACAGGCCACGUUUGAAAACAUGAAGAAUGACCCACGAGCCAAUUAUGACAAUAAACUCAAGGCCCAUUUUGGGAUACAAAAAAAAGGUCAUUUCCUUCGCAAAGGUACAAUUGGAGACUGGAAAAAUCACAUGACUGCUGAGCAGAAUGAAAAGUUUGACAUGAUUUUCCAAACGAAGAUGAAAGAUAUUCCUUUGAAGUUCAUCUGGGAUAUGAAUGAAGAAUAGAUUUCUUAACAAUGCACAAAUAUUUUUACGGAACUUCUUUCAAGAAGGAAAUAUAUUGAAUUGUACACUUUCAUCUUUGAUUGUCAUUGGCUUAUUAUUGAAAAAACUCAUUGAUGAAUAAAUAUUAAUAUGCCCACACUACAUCAUUUGCCAUCUGUGGCCUGUUUCAAUUUGCUAGGAUUCCUCACUUUCUGAUCAGAAGAGGUUUCCUCUCUUUGUGUUGCAGUAUAAUUAUGGAAUAGUUUUUACCUUAAGUUCAGAAAUUCCAAAGCCUUGAACCACAAAGGAGACCAUAACAUGUGAUUGAUUUGACAUCUUAAAAUAGAAGCCUUGUCAUUUAUAAAAAACUACUUAUGGUCUUUUUUCAUAUUUAAGAUUUUAAUUCUUAGGUAAUCAAAUGAGUCAGCCUUUCAUUUUAUGGCUUCUAGGAUUUGUGUCCAACUAGGAGUGUUGCUAUCACAAGUAUUUCCAUGUAUUCAUAAAUCAUUUCUUUAUUUAAUCUUAAUAUCUAUCUUUUGUUGUUAGAUACCUGUCAAUGUUUUUUCCUAACAGAUAGCCAAAUGGUCCAAAAUCAUUUAUUGAAUUCACAUCAUUUUCCUACUGAUUAAAACAGACAUUAUCUUGUUCUACAAUAUUGUAUGUACAUACAUUUUCUUAUGUAAAAUGACAUAUUUUCUGUCGAUAUAAUUUUCUUUUUUAUAACUAUGCCCUAAUUUCUAACAUAGAUUAAUAAACCAAUAAAUCAUGA